AAAAAACUAAAAAGGCGGCUCUCUUACCCUGCUGCGACAUCACUCUUUUUCUUUAUUUAUUUUUUUUUUUUAAAAAAAUGAAUGAAUUUGAUGAUUCCGAGUUUUAUGAACAUCUUGAACGCCUUAAACAGAAAACUGGUCGACAUUCUUUGGACGAGGAUGUAGUCAUGACAGAAACUCUUGAUGUAAAUCAAGUUGCUGAAGACACGGCCUCGGACGGAACUCAAGUUAUUCAAGCCAAGGAUGAUCGUGACGAGAAGGUACCUGACUACCUUGUUGCUUUGCGCAAUGGUAUUUACAAUGGUCCUGAAGUCAUUGAAAUCUCCUCUGACUCUGAUUUGAGUGACGACGACGACGUACAGUUUCUUUAUGAGCUCCCUCCCGCCCGAGAAAGGAGAGAUCAAACCGAAAUACAGCCAAAUGAAGAACAAUCCAAACAAGAGUAUAUCCAAGCAUUCAUGAAAAAAGUUCAAUCAUCAAGUGCUUUCAAUCGCUGUAAAGAUUGUAGGGCUGAAAUGAUUGGCACAAAAAAUGAAUUUCAAUUAGCUCAAUACGGCGGCAAAGAAGGGUUUUGCUUAGGAUGCACAAAAUUAAGGAAUUUAAUCAGGAGCCAUGAGGAACGACAAGACUUUCUUUCAUGGCUGGUCACAGGGAAAAUUCCAAAAAACGAUCCACCACCCAGGAUAACCUAUGAGGCAAUGGUUUACAGGUUGAAGUCGAGAAGGAAAAUGAUGGGAAACAAAGUGAUACGUAAUAACUGUGAUGGGCAAAGUCUAGCCACCACGGGUGAAUUAACUGAAAUGUGUUUUAAAAGUCAGUUUAAAUGCGCAAUUUCAGGAAGCCAAAUUGCUUUUCACACUCAAAACAAAUUAAGGUAUCCAUAUUGGGCCUUCUCUAUCGAUCACCGCUUACCAUUAAAUCAUAACAAGUAUCAACCAGAAGCAUGGGGCAUAGAUAAUUUACAAGCAAUGUCAGCCGUAAUGAAUACUAUAAAAAGUGAUCUGUCAGAUCAAGAGAUUUUUAGAUGGUACAAAGCUUAUUACAAUGCUCAUUGUAUUGAACUAUAACCGACUCUGAUAUACCAUUAUUUUAAUAAAAGCAACACCCAUAACUGCAUCUUUUUUUUUUUCA